ACUGUCCUUAGAAGUGCCGUACCCUAUAAUCUGCAAAUACAAUCAAAAUGGGGCCUAGGCGGAAAAACAUGAAAGUGUAUUCCACUAGCCGGGAGAGUCCUGUAUGCAUCAAAGCUGCUGAGCUGAAAGACUACAUGAACCAGCUUUCACAUGAAGUGCUUUGCCAUAUCUUUAGGUAUCUUCCCCUGCAGGAUAUCAUGUGCAUGGAAUGCCUCUCCCGGAAGUUAAAGGAAGCUGUCAUCUUGUAUCUAAGAGUAGUAAAAGUUGUGGAUCUCUGCGCAGGUCGCUGGUGGGAGUACAUGCCCACUGGAUUCACAGAUUCCAGCUUCCUAACCUUGCUGAAGAAAAUGCCAGACAUUGAGCAGCUAUAUGGCCUUCAUCCUAGGCACCUUGACAGACGUAGGGUUCGGGGUUAUGAAGCCUUCAGCAUUCCUGGGGUACUAGAAGCUUUGCAGGCUUGCCCAAAUCUCUUGGGUGUUGAGACUUCCCAUUUGGAACUAGUAGAAGCCAUUUGGACAUAUAUGCCCCAGGUUCACAUCCUAGGGAAGUUUCGUAAUCGUAAUGGUGCCUUCCCAAUUCCACCUGAAAAUAAAUUGAAAAUACCAAUAGGAGCUAAAAUCCAGACUUUGCACUUAGUAGGAGUUAAUGUCCCUGACAUUCCUUGUAUUCCAAUGCUGAGGCAUCUAUACCUGAAAUGGGUGAGGCUCACCAAACCGCAACCUUUUAAGGAUUUCCUUUGCAACAGCUUACGCACUUUUGUCAUGAGAAAUUGUGCAGGACCCACAAACUCAUUGAAGUAUGUUCCCCUAGUCACUGGCUUAGCUUCUGCUCGAAACCUGGAACAUUUAGAAUUGGUUCGAGUUCCUUUUCUUGGAGGUCUUAUUCAGCAUGUUGUAGAAGACAGCUGGAGAUCUGGGGGCUUCAGAAAUUUGCACACUAUAGUUCUAGGAGCUUGCAAGAAUGCUUUGGAAGUUGAUCUUGGCUACCUCAUCAUAACUGCUGCACGAAGGUUGCAUGAAGUACGAAUUCAGCCAUCCCUAACCAAAGAUGGAGUAUUCUCUGCUCUAAAAAUGGCCGAAUUGGAAUUUCCCCAGUUUGAAACACUACAUCUUGGAUAUGUUGAUGAGUUUUUGUUACAGUGUAAGAUGAUCAAUGCAGAUCUGGUGAAAUAUGGACUAGCUGAUGUGGUUGAAAAUCCAGGCAUUAUCACAGACAUAGGAAUGAAAGCAGUAAAUGAAGUAUUCUCUUCGAUUAAGUAUCUUGUCAUAUACAACUGCCCUCAUUUACAUAAUCCAAGUAGCUGGAUCACAGGUAUUGUACUCACCAACAUGUGCUAAAGUCCCUCAAUAAAUUGCAUAUAUUCUCUCCUUAAAUAAAUCAAUUAUUUUAGGGAUUGUUUUUGUUGUGCACAUGACACUUUUGAUGUCUGAUUAUGUAUAUUUUCAUCAUAUCAGCCUAUAUGACUGAUCUAAGAAUACCAUUUUAUUUUAAUUUGUAUAGUGCUGAAAGAAAGCAUUACUGUUCCGUUGUAAAAUCUAAAGUGGCUUACAAUGCAAAUAACAAACAGUGGAACAAUGCAAUAUGAUAAAUUAGUCAAAAAUUAAAAUCACAACUAUUAGGGGAAAAGCAAAUGAACCAUAGUGGUUGUAAUGAAUACCCAUAAUAAUUAUUUGUAUGAGGACAAGGGCAUUAACAUUUUAUAUUGGACAUAUAUUGGAAAAUACAUAAUCAAAUAUUUUUAAAAAUGUCAGAGAUGUACUUCCACACAUUGUCCUCAUAAUGGUUCCAUUUUAAAAAAAAACUUCUACAUAAAAUUAUUUUCAGCUGUCUGUAGUCCUAUUAUAAUCAUAAGAAAGGGAUCUUCCAUAAAACACAAAGAAUAGUAAGCUUAGGUGGAAGUAUUGAAAGUGGCAGCUCCUCAAAUAAUUUGGUUUUAGAUUAUUUAGGGGAUUAUAAACUAAUAAUGUAUUGGGUAUAGCUUAGGAUGUAAUUGCUAUUCAGUGCAUAUAUAAACCAAGAUUAGUGUUAUUGAGCACCCUAGAACUUAAAUGCUAGUAGUUUACAAAGCACUCAGGAAUAGCCUCAUAUAAAGUAUAUUUUAAUAAAGUAUUUCAAAUCAUUUUAUGAAAAGCUAUAUAAACCUACCUGCAUCAUGAACCCCUGAUUACAAAGCUAGGAGGGUGUUAAAUGCAUUGUUUGAACAUUAAAUGAAUAACCAAUCAUGUUUCAAUGACUAAUAUCUACUCAAUUCAUGAACAGAGGAAACUUCUAUUCAUGAAAUGAUAGUUCUGCUAAUGGGAGGAAUUAUUUCAUUGAAACCUAUAGAUUUCAAACUCAUUGUGAUCAGUCACAAAAAAAUCUUCAUUUUUCAAUGCUCCCACUCUAAACUUCUGAAAUAAUUAGUAUUAGUUUUCAAGAUGCUUGAUUUUUAUUUUUCCGGGUUUCACCUGUACUGUAACAAAGGGAGUAUAUCAAUUUGAGAGGGAUUUUUUUUAGUCUUAAUAAUAUUUACUAUUCUAUGUAACUAGCCACCUGUGAAAAUGGAGGCUUUCAGAAAAAUAGAUUCAUUAGAAUAACUGGGAACCAUCUUUUGUAAUGAUAGCGGUGAAGAAGGAAACCCAAUUGAUAUGUUCGAAGAGGUGUACCGUAUUUUUCGGA